AUGCCCCCCGCCAAAGCGACUGACAAGGCUAUCGCGAGAGAGCUUGCCAACGUUGUACGCGAGAUCUACAACAGCCCGAAGAGGGAUGAAUUGACAGUCAAUUACGCGCGCAAAAAUGUGGAGGACAGACUCGGCUUGGAGCAAGGGUUCUUGAAGGAAGGCGACUGGAAGGCCAAAAGCAAGCAGAUUAUCCUCGACACUCUGAAUGAGCUUGAAACAGCCGAUGAACCCCAGGACGCCGCUCCCACUUCCAAACAGAAGGCAAAGCCUGCUCAGAAGCAAAGUAGCAAUGCGCGCAGGAAACGAGGAGAAAAGGCGCCAACCCAGUCAGAUGCGGAGUCCAACGCUGAACAGCAAAGCGAUGUAGAGGAUGAACCAGCGCCACCCGCAAAGAAACGUAAAUUGGUAAAACGAUCAAAGAAAAGCCAGGCUCCGUCGGAGAGCGAGGAUAACGCCUCGGGCCCCAGCGACCAAGAAGCGGCACCAAAGCUGAAGGCGAAGCGGCAGUCAAAGAAGCCGACAAACGGUGACAGCGAGCUGUCCGACGCACCUGCGGAUUCUUCGACGACCAAGCCCUCGUCAGAGCAACGGGAGGCCCCCAAACCAUCAUCAGAAGACGGUGAGAGCGAGCUAUCCGAGGUGAUCGACGAGCCUCCGAAGCGCAAACAAAAACCAAAAACCAAGCCGGACCCCGAAGCCAAACCCUCCUCCACCACGGCCGCUGCCGAUGACUCCUCGAGCGAGCUCUCCUCGGUGAUUGACGAGGCCCCACCACCGAAGCGCAAGCGCAACCCGAAGAAGGCCGCCGGCAAACAGUCGACCUCGGCCCCUGCCGACUCGCCGGACGAGGCGCAGAUCAAGCUUCUCCAGUCCCAGCUCAACAAGUGCGGCGUGCGCAAGGUCUGGGCGGUCGAAUUCAAGAAGCACGGCGCCGACACCCCCAAGGCCAAGAUCAAGCACCUCAAGCAGAUGCUCGCGGAUGUCGGGAUGACGGGGCGGUUCUCGGAGGCGCGGGCGCGCGAGAUCAGGGAGAUGCGCGAGCUGCAGGCGGACCUGCAGGACGUCAUACAGGGAGAGAAGAGCUGGGGCGUCGGCGGGGGCGGGAGAGGCACCAGGAGGCGGGCGGCAGCCCAGGCGGCGGGGAGGGGGAUGAGGGUCGACGAGUCGGAAGGGAGCGGGGGGGAUGAGAGCGAGGAAGGGGGCAGUAGCGAAGGCAAGGGUGGGAGUGGCGAGGGGAGCGAUGACGAGGGCGAAAGGAGGCCUGCGGUGCGGAAGAAGGGGCCGGCGAAGCGGAGGGCAGAUCUGGCUUUCCUGGACGACGAGAGCGAGUCGGACUGA